UGCCGAGCCGUUUUCCGGCGCUCCGGAAGCGACGCCGCCCCUCUCCUAGGCCAGGGGAGGAAGAGAGGAGCUGGUGGAGGUGCGGCCGCAGGCCACCGUUGGCCGCGCUGGCGGGGCCGGUGGGGAAGGCCGUGGAGCCCUCUGAGUUAGGAAUGCCAAGAAGUAAAGUCUUUUCCCGUGACAGAAGCAUUUCAAGAUUGUGUAAGGAUCAGAAUUUCCCUAAAGCCUGAAAUAAUCUUGCUGAAGUAACCUUUGAUAUUAAUUGAAAUUCAUCUGUAUAUUGGAGCACUGUGAACUAUAACGUGACAGACUGUGGACUCUUUGCAAGGAAAUGGAGUUCAUAAAAGGUAUUACCUCAUUUAGAAAGCCUUGAGAAACAAGAAAAUAUUUCUAACAAAAUGUCAGCUUUCCGAAGUCAUUGUCCGCAUUUGGAUUCGGUUGGUGAAAUAACUAAAGAAGAUUUAAUACAAAAAUCUCAUGGUUCUUGUCAGGAUUGUAAAGUCAGAGGACCAAACCUUUGGGCGUGCCUGGAGAAUAGAUGUUCAUAUGUUGGCUGUGGUGAAUCACAAGUAGAUCACAGCACCAUACAUUCUCAGGAGACAAAGCAUUAUCUAACCGUGAACCUUACCACUCUUCGAGUAUGGUGUUAUGCUUGCAGCAAAGAAGUAUUUUUGGAUAGGAAGUUAGGAACUCAGCCUUCAUUACCUCAUGUAAAACCACUUCACCAAACACAAGAAAAUAGUGUCCAGGAUUUUAAAAUACCCAGUAACACAACACUAAAAACUCCUCUGGUUGCUGUAUUUGAUGAUCUCGACAUAGAAGUAGAAGAAGAAGAUGAACUUAAGGCAAGAGGUCUUACAGGUCUGAAAAAUAUUGGAAAUACUUGUUAUAUGAAUGCAGCUUUGCAGGCUCUUUCUAAUUGCCCACCUUUGACACAGUUUUUUCUUGAUUGUGGAGGACUAGCCCGAACAGAUAAGAAGCCAGCUAUUUGUAAAAGUUAUCUCAAACUGAUGACAGAGCUGUGGCAUAAAAGCAGGCCAGGAUCUGUUGUGCCUACUAAUCUGUUUCAGGGAAUUAAAACUGUAAAUCCAACAUUUCGGGGGUAUUCUCAGCAGGAUGCUCAAGAAUUCCUUCGAUGUUUAAUGGAUCUGCUUCAUGAAGAAUUGAAAGAACAGGUCAUGGAAGUAGAAGAGGAUCCUCAAACUAUAACGACUGAGGAGACCAUGGAGGAAGACAAGAGCCAAUCAGAUGUAGAUUUUCAGUCCUGUGAAUCUUGUAGCAGCAGUGAUAAAGCCGAAAAUGAAAAUGGGUCUAGAAGCUUUUCUGAAGAUAAUAAUGAAACAACAAUGUUAAUUCAGGAUGAUGAGAACAGUUCAGAAAUGUCAAAAGACUGGCAAAAAGAGAAGAUGUGCAAUAAGAUUAAUAAAGUAAAUUCUGAAGGAGAAUUAGAUAGAGACUCUGUGUCUGAAACAGUUGACUUGAACAACCAGGAAACUGUCAAAGUGCAAAUACACAGCAGAGCUUCAGAAUAUAUUACUGAUGUCCAUUUGAAUGACCUGUCUACACCACAGAUCCUCCCAUCAAAUGAAGGUGUUAAUCCACGUUUAUCAGCAAGCCCUCCUAAAUCAGGCAAUUUGUGGCCAGGAUUGGCACCCACACACAAAAAAGCUCAAUCUGCAUCAUCUCCAAAGAGAAAAAAACAGCACAAGAAAUACAGAAGUGUUAUUUCAGAUAUAUUUGAUGGAACAAUCAUUAGUUCAGUGCAGUGUCUGACUUGUGACAGGGUGUCUGUAACCCUCGAGACCUUUCAAGAUCUGUCCUUGCCGAUUCCUGGCAAGGAAGACCUUGCUAAGCUGCAUUCAUCAAGUCAUCCAACAUCUAUAGUCAAAGCAGGAUCAUGUGGCGAAGCAUAUGCUCCACAAGGGUGGAUAGCUUUUUUCAUGGAAUAUGUGAAGAGGUUUGUUGUCUCAUGUGUCCCUAGCUGGUUUUGGGGUCCAAUAGUAACCUUGCAAGAUUGUCUUGCGGCCUUCUUCGCCAGAGAUGAACUAAAAGGUGACAAUAUGUACAGUUGUGAAAAAUGCAAAAAGUUGAGGAAUGGAGUAAAGUUUUGUAAAGUACAAAAGUUUCCUGAGAUUUUGUGCAUCCAUCUGAAAAGAUUCAGACAUGAACUGAUGUUUUCCACCAAAAUCAGUACCCAUGUUUCAUUCCCACUGGAAGGCCUGGAUCUUCAGCCAUUUCUUGCUAAAGAUAGUCCAGCCCAAAUUGUUACUUAUGAUCUUCUGUCAGUCAUUUGUCACCAUGGAACUGCAAGUAGUGGACACUAUAUUGCCUACUGCCGAAACAAUUUAAAUAAUCUCUGGUAUGAAUUUGACGAUCAGAGUGUCACUGAAGUUUCAGAAUCUACCGUACAAAAUGCAGAAGCUUAUGUUCUCUUCUACAGGAAAAGCAGUGAGGAAGCACAAAAAGAGAGGCGGAGGAUAUCAAAUUUGUUGAACAUAAUGGAACCAAGUCUCCUUCAGUUUUAUAUUUCUCGACAGUGGCUGAAUAAAUUUAAGACCUUUGCUGAACCUGGCCCUAUUUCAAAUAAUGAUUUUCUCUGUAUUCACGGAGGUGUUCCUCCACGAAAAGCUAGUUAUAUUGAAGACCUGGUAUUGAUGCUGCCUCAGAAUAUUUGGGAUAACCUAUAUAGCAGGUAUGGAGGAGGACCAGCCGUCAACCAUCUGUACAUUUGUCACACUUGCCAGAUUGAGGCAGAGAAAAUUGAAAAAAGAAGAAAAACUGAAUUGGAAAUUUUUAUUCGGAGAAAAGAGUAAGCAGAAGAGCCUGGCACCAACUCAGUGAAGACAUUGAAGUGAACAGCAGUAGCAGUGGAACAAAUCAAAAUCAUGUGCUGUGAUAGGAUACAAUGAGAAGAACACAGCAUCACAUGAUGCAUAACCUGAAUCUCAAAUGAGGAAAGUCAGACAAACCAAAAUUGGGGGACAUUUUAUAAAACAACUGGCUUGUAAUCUUCAAAAUUGUCAAGAAUGUGAAAGUCAAGACUGAGGAACUGUGACACUUUACAGGAAAUAUGAAGUUACAUACAAGUGAUUCUUUGUUUUCGGCUGAGCGGCAUGUGGGAUCCUAGUUACCCGACUAGGGGAUCCAGCCCGAGCCCCCUGCAGUGGAAGUUCAAGAGUCUCAACCAGUGGAUCUCCGGGAAAGUCCCAACAAGUGAUUCUAAACUAGACCCUUUGGCUAUAAACAACAUUAUUAGAUCAAUUAGAAAAACUUGAUUAGGAGCCUGAGGAUUAGGUGCUAGUAUUAUAUCAGUGUUAAUUUCCACAUUUUUAUCAUUUGUGUUAAUGUAUAGGAAAAAAGUCUUUGUAUGUUUAGCAACUUACUCUGAAAUGGUCUAGGAAAAGAAAAUUUCUUUGUAUUAUACUCAAGUUUUCCUGUAAGUUUGAGAUUACUUCAAAGCUAAAAAAAUUUUUUUAAUUGCACAAAGCCUCUGGAAAUUACCUGUUACUUGCCACUGGAAAGUCUCAGGAGAAUGCCCAGAAACCUGAUAGACUUGAAAAGUUGCUAAUCUCAGGACCCUGGUGGGUUAUCCUGAGGAUGUUGCUGUUAAAGUUGUUAGCUGCCUGUGACACCAAGUGAGGGAUUCUUGGGAAGAUGCUUGGAACCCUAUUUGUGCCAUCUGUGGAGGCCUCAGUCCUGCCCACAGCUGCCACCAGAGGACAUGCGGGAAGUUUCUCUUUCUCUUGUGCCUUCCAUAUAUUGCAUAUAUCAUUGGGGCAGUGCCUAAUCUGGAGCACUGCUGGCAAGGGAUCCUGGAAAGUGAAGUCUUUUCAUAGAAGAGAGUGUAAGAAUGAAUGGAAGUGAUGCAUUAACAAACAAUAAAUACAGUAGUUUGACCCCCUUGUCAUAUGCAUUCAUACAUCAACAACAACAGUAGCAAUAGUAUCAUGCUUCUGCCUAAAUGCUGCACAUGGCUCAUGUACCAAUAGAUGCAGCAUUUACCCUUGCCCUAAACUUGGGAGACCCAAAGUCCCAUCAGUCAGUAUAUCCGUUUCUAGAUAAUGAUCAUUCAUGUUUAGUUCAGUCAGUUUAGUCAGUCUCCCUUUUAUAUUCUGUCAUCUAAACAAUAAACCAUAAGAUUAACCACCAACAAAUGCCUUAUAUGAAAUAGAGGAAUGAAAGAAAGGAAAAAUAAAUUGGUAAUUUUUCACAAAUUUGGGAAAUAUUUACAAAUAUGUAUAUGGGAGAAGGAAGAAAUAUGCAUCUACAGCUUAUAACUACCCAUUCCAUAUUCUCUAUUUUCUCACCCAGCAUUUGAAGUGGUUAUUUACCUGAUAAAGUAACUCAGAUCUUCAUUCCUGAAGAGUCUGAGCUCUUUGUAGUCUUGCCUAUGUUAGAUUUGUCUAGUUGUGUGUUAGCUUUUAAUCUGUGGAUAUGGAAAUACUGAAUGGCGCUUAUAGUGGAUUGAAUGCUGGUGUGCAAAAAAGGUGUUUCCUUGUCCUAAUACCUGUGAAUUGACUUUGUUUAUGUAAAGUGUCGUUGCAUAUAUAAUUAAGGAUUUUGAGACAAGAUCACCCUGGAUUAUCUGUAUGGACCCUAAAUCCAAUGAUAAGUGUCCUUAUAAAGAGAUGCAAGGGGAGAGAUACACAGAGAGAAGAGGUGAAAGCCAUAUGAAGACAGAAGACAAGAGAUUGGAGUAUAGUCACAAAGCAGAAGGUUGAAGAGGCAAGGAACCGAAUCUCCCCUAAAGUCUCCACAAGAAGCAUGGUCAUGCCUGCACCUUGGUUUGGACUUCUGACCUCCAGAACUUUGAGAGAAUAAAUAAUCUGGUUUCAGCCACCAAGUUUGUGGUGAUUUGCUGUAGCAGCCCUCUGAAACUAAUACAGUGGGUAUAACCUCGUUUUCAGACAUAGUUCUCCUUGUUUCUUUUGUGUAGUAGUCAUUUUCUUUUACUCUUUAUAUAGCCCCACCCCCUUUGCCUCUUGGUUCAGUGACAUGAGGAACCCUAAAUGGCCAGAGGCGUGUCUCAUCUACCUGUCCAGUAAAAUUGUUGUGUCCCUUUGGAAACUAAUACCUCCAAACUAGCAGAGGCCAAAGUUGUGAUAAUUAGAAGCAAAAAAGCUUUUGUGUCAGUAGGUAGUGAUAGAUAAACUCUCCUACUUCCUUUACCUGGUACCUAGCCUCAUGUUUUCUGGUUGUGGAAAAAACGGCACCAUACGGUUGUUUCUAGUUUGGGGCAUACACUACAUCAUAUAGGACAGCACCAAACCCACAGUGUUUUGCCACCCAUGCACAGAAACAGUAUUCAGUAGGUCAGCAACUUUUAAGUGAUGCCAUAUGGUAAAGUCAGUGAAUUCUAUGGAUGUGAGCCCAUUGCU